AUGCAACAUGUACAAGUUCACAGAAGAGAGAAAGUUUAUGAAUGUAAAGAAUGUGGGAAAGGCUUCAGGUGGCGCUCAAACCUCACUCGACAUAUGCGAUUCCACACUGGGGAGAGGCCCUAUCAAUGUAAGGAGUGUGGGAAAUCCUUUAGAACAACCUCAGCCUUCAGUUCCCAUAGAAUGAUCCACAGUGGGGAGAGGCCUUAUGAAUGUAAGGAGUGUGGAAAAGCCUUUAGGUCGGAAUCAGCUCUCAGUGUACAUGUACAAACUCACAGUGGAGAGAGGCCCUAUGGAUGUAAGGAGUGUGGGAAAACCUUUAAGUUUUCUUCAUACCUCAGUAAACAUCUACGAGGUCACAAUGGAGAGAUGUGCUAUAAAUGUAAGGACUGUGGGAAAGUCUUCAAGCAGGUCGCUUAUCUCACUAAACAUAGAAGAAUGCAUAGUGGAGUGAAACCCUGUGAAUGUACGGAGUGUGGGAAAGCUUUUACAAAAACCUCAGUCCUCCUUGUACAUAGAAGAAUUCAUACUGGUGAGAGGCCCUAUAAAUGUAAACAGUGUGGAAAAGGCUUUAAAAUAACCUCAGCCCUCAGUAUACAUAGAAGAAUUCACAGUGGAGAGAGGCCCUAUGAAUGUAAGGAGUGUGGGAAAGUCUUCAGUCAGGUCGCCUAUCUCACUAGACACAGAAGGAUCCAUAGUGGAGAGAAGCCUUAUAAAUGUAAAGAGUGUGGGAAAGCCUUUAGACUAGCCUCAGCUCUAAUGACACAUAGAAGAAUUCACAGUGGAGAGAGGCCCUAUGAAUGUAAGGAGUGUGGGAAAGUCUUCAGGCAGGUCUGUAAUCUCACUAGACAUAGAAGGAUCCAUAGUGGAGAGAAGCCCUAUGAAUGUGAGCAGUGUGGGAAAUCCUUUAGAGACACCACAGGCCUCACUGUACAUAGAAGAAUUCAUACUGGUGAGAGGCCUUAUAAAUGUAAGGAGUGUGGGAAAUCCUUUAGACUAGCGUCAGGUCUCAGAACACAUAGAAGAAUUCACAGUGGAGAGAGGCCCUAUGAAUGUAAGGAGUGUGGGAAAACCUUUAGGGAUUCCUCAUACCAUCGUAGACAUAUGAAAACUCACAGUUGA